UCUACAUCACAUAAAAACAACUUUCCAGAUGAUUGUACUUUUCUAUAUACAAAUAAUAAAGAAAGUCACUCUCUGGAAAAUAAUGUAGACAUGAGAAAAAAAGAAGCAUCAUACCAAAGUCAUACCUGUUCCGGUGCUUGUCUGAUGAAAAUGCCACCAGUCUUCAAGAGUGAAAAUCCUCUGCAGCUCCCAAUCAAAUGCCACUUCCAAAGACAGCAUGCGAAGACAAACUCACAUUCUUCAGCACUCCAUUUGACCCGGAAUUACUCAAAACAAGAAGUUUUUUCUGAUGUGGAUAUUAGCAAUGGAGUGGAAUCAGUGCCCAUUUCUUUCUGUAAUGAAAUUGACAAUAGAAAGUUUCCACAGUUUAAGUACAGAAAGACUAUAUGGCCACGAGCAUAUUUCCUAAACAGCUUUUCCAAAAUGUUCACUGAUUCCUGUGACUGCUCUGAGGGCUGCAUAGACAUAACAAAAUGUGCAUGCCUUCAAUUGACAGCAAGGAUUGCUAAGACUUACUUUAUGUCAAGUAAUAAUAUAACAACGGGAUAUAAAUAUAAAAGACUACAGAAACAUAUACCUACUGGCAUUUAUGAAUGCAAUUUGUUGUGCAAAUGUAAUCGACGAAUAUGUCAGAACCGAGUUGUCCAGCAUGGACCUCAAGUGAGGCUCCAGGUAUUCAAAACUGAGAAGAAAGGAUGGGGAGUUCGCUGCCUAGAUGACAUGGACAGAGGGACCUUUGUUUGCAUUUAUUCAGGGAGAUUACUAAGUAAAUCUAACACUGAGAAAUCUAAUGAUAUCAAUGAAAAUGUAAAAGAAGAGAAAGUUAUAGAUGAUUCAUUUUCCAAAAAAAGGAAAAUAGAAGUUGCAGAUUAUGAAGCUGAAAUUAUCCCAUGGGCAUUAGAAACACAUCUUACAAGUGCGGAAAUUGGGGAGUAUCCAUCUACUUUUAUUAACAGUCCGAAAAAAUCAGUCAUAGAAAUGAAAUGUAAAACUAUGUCAAGAAUUCAGUAUCAUUCAGUCAUUAGAAGUCCUAAAGCCAAGAUAGCCAUUAUUCAACGCAAUGGGGAAAACAUGAAAGUGAAGAAAUCCCCCUUGUUUUCUUUUAAGGGAUUUGCUUCCUCAGAGUCUAUCAUCUCAGAAGAUAGUGAUGGAUUUUUACUAAACCAAGUAUCUCGGAAUUCUACAGCCAAGGAAAUGAAAAAAGAUGCAUGCUCAGAAGAAGUUGAAGAUUCUGAAGACAUUCUAGUGAUUGAAUCAGAUGUGAUAGAUAUAACCAAAUGUAGAAAAGAAAGUCCACCAAGGUUCAGAUGUAAUAAUCAAGAAUUGGAUAAUAAGAAUAUUAUUACAAAAGUUGAUGUUCAAAUAGAAAAGCUCCAAGAGAAACGAUCUCCAGCUUGUCAGAAUCAACAGGACUUGUGUGAUGAAGAGUUAUUAGAUGAAACUGAGAAUAUUGAUUCCCUAAAAAUGUUUAAUAACAAGGAUGUGUUUAUAUUGGAUGCCUCAAGAGAAGGAAAUGUGGGCCGCUUUCUUAAUCAUAGUUGUUGUCCAAAUCUUUUGGUGCAAAAUGUUUUUGUAGAAACACAUGACAGAAAAUUUCCAUUGAUGGCAUUCUUCACUAACAGGUAUGUGAAAGCAAGAACAGAAUUAACAUGGGAUUAUGGUUAUAAAACUGGGACUAUGCCUGAGAAAGAAAUUCUCUGCCAAUGUGGGUUUAAUAAGUGUAGAAAAAAAAUACUAUAAAAGACAUCAUCACUGCUUUUUCAUGAAAUGAGCUUGUCAAGCUGAAAAUUGAAACAUAUAAAAGGACCCUCAAAUAAUGGAAUUCAUUUUUGUUCUGAUAAGAAUUCCUCUGUUUUCCGUGUUUGGGGAUUUCAUCUGUGACUCAGAAAUACAAGGACUUUCACAUAUUUAGAAUAUUUCUUUAUUCUUACUGUUGUUUCACUUCACAUGAAUAAGAUAAAGUGUAUAUUUUAUAUAAAAUACCACUGUACAAUUUGUAACUUGUUUGUAAAUUAUAAGGAGCUAGAAUUCAACUACCCCUUUUUCGGAAGGAGUGGGGGAGCCACAUCUGGCCAUGCUCAGGGUUUACUCCUGGCUCUGCACUCGGGAAUCACUCCUGUCAGGGCUCAGGGGAUCUUAUGGGGUGCUGGGCAUUGAAUGGGGCUGACUACUGUGUUCAAGGCAAGUGCCCCACUCACUCCAGCCCCAAAUUCAACUAUUCUUAAUUGCUUUUGUAUUUAUUAUCUUUGAGUUCUUGCCCUGAAAGGAUCAACUUUCAUACCUCAAAUACAAAACUAUUUGUUGAUUCCUGAUAAAUAAUAUACCAUUAUGAGCCAUA